AUGAGAGGAGGAACAGGGACAGGGGCUCCAGGGACAUCUCCUGGAUCGGGAAUCCCUGUCCUGGAUCGGGAAUCCUUGUCCUGGAUCGGGAAUCCCUGUCCUGCAUCGGGAAUCCCUGUCCUGGUUUGGGAUUUCCUGUCCUGGAUCGGGAAUCCUUGUCCUGGAUCGGGAAUCCCUGUCCUGGAUCGGGAAUCUCUGUCCUGGUUUGGGAUUUCCUGUCCUGGAUCGGGAAUCCUUGUCCUGGAUCGGGAAUCCCUGUCCUGCAUCGGGAAUCCCUGUCCUGGUUUGGGAAUCCCUGUCCUGGAUCGGGAAUCCCUGUCCUGGUUUGGGAAUCCUUGUCCUGGAUCGGGAAUCCCUGUCCUGGUUUGGGAAUCCCUGUCCUGGUUUGGGAAUCCUUGUCCUGGAUCGGGAAUCCUUGUCCUGGAUCGGGAAUCCCUGUCCUGCAUCGGGAAUCCCUGUCCUGGUUUGGGAUUUCCUGUUCUGGAUCGGGAAUCCCUGUCCUGCAUCGGGAAUCCCUGUCCUGGAUCGGGAAUCCUUGUCCUGGAUCGGGAAUCCCUGUCCUGGAUCGGGAAUCCCUGUCCUGGUUUGGGAAUCCUUGUCCUGGAUCGGGAAUCCCUGUCCUGGUUUGGGAAUCCCUGUCCUGGUUUGGGAUUUCCUGUUCUGGAUCGGGAAUCCUUGUCCUGGAUCGGGAAUCCCUGUCCUGGAUCGGGAAUCCCUGUCCUGGUUUGGGAAUCCUUGUCCUGGAUCGGGAAUCCCUGUCCUGGUUUGGGAAUCCCUGUCCUGGUUUGGGAAUCCUUGUCCUGGAUCGGGAAUCCCUGUCCUGGUUUGGGAAUCCCUGUCCUGGUUUGGGAUUUCCUGUUCUGGAUCGGGAAUCCCUGUCCUGGAUCGGGAAUCCCUGUCCUGCAUCGGGAAUCCCUGUCCUGGUUUGGGAAUCCCUGUCCUGGAUCGGGAAUCCUUGUCCUGGAUCGGGAAUCCCUGUCCUGGAUCGGGAAUCCCUGUCCUGGACUGGGACACCUUCCCAAAUCCCCCUGGAUUUUAGGAACUGAGGGAUUUUUCCGUGUGCUUGAGCUCCUUUGGCUUUUGGGACCGGGGCGAUUCCUGCGGUGGCUUUGGGGAUUGUGGGAUUUCUCCCAGUGCUCCCAGUGCUCCCAGUGCCACGGGCUGGGUGGGACCCCCCCUCCCAAAGAUCCCUUGGGAUCGCGGGGGGAUCCCGGCAGCGCUGCCUCCGACUGUGCCUCCGGCUGCAAAGCACAACCAGUGCUCCCAGUGCUCCCAGUGCCGCCCUGGGGAGCUCCCAGUGCCGCCUUGGGGCAUUCCCAGUGCUCCCAGUGCUCCCAGUGCCGCCCUGGGGAGCUCCCAGUGCCGCCUUGGGGCAUUCCGAGUGCUCCCAGUGCUCCCAGUGCCGCCCUGGGGAGCUCCCAGUGCCGCCUUGGGGCAUUCCCAGUGCUCCCAGUGCUCCCAGUGCCGCCCUGGGGAGCUCCCAGUGCCGCUUUGGGACAUUCCCAGUGCUCCCAGUGCUCCCAGUGCCGCCCUGGGGAGCUCCCAGUGCCGCCUUGGGGAGCUCCCAGUGCCGCUUUGGGACAUUCCCAGUGCUCCCAGUGCCACCCUGGGGCAUUCCCAAUCAAAGGCGGCGGCGGCGACUGA